AUGGCUCCAACGAUAAAAACCAUUGGGGAAUACAAGACUCACCAAGAUUAUUUCGUCGAUUUCUUUGGAGACAAUUUGUUAGUCACUCAAACCGAGACACCCUCCGUCAUCAGGCGAUGGAUCCGAGACGUCGUCUACCGUCACCGUCGCUCGCGUUCUUCUCACCCUCUCGUCGUUGGAGUCGGCGUCCAGUGGACACCGCGAUGGUAUUUCUCAGCGCCGAAGGGCUAUUACCGUCCAGCAGAUACUCUCCAGUUAUGCGUGGGAACUUUAUGUCUCAUCAUCCAGCUCUCUUACUGUGAACGUGUCCCCCACAUCCUUCGAAGGUUCCUAACGGAUCCAAACACAACCUUUGUCGGUAUAAGGAACAGUCAAGACGUUAAGAGGCUAGCAAGAACUAAACAUCAGUUGGAGAUUGGAGAAAUUCUUGACGUAAGGAACUACUUCACCCUCACGGAUUGGCAUGGUUGGAGUUUCAGGCCUCGUUCGUUUGAGGAGAUUGUUGAGACCUGUAUGGGGUUUCGAGGAGUUAGGCUAGAUAAGAAUAUAAGCAAGAGUAAUUGGAGUGUCGGCUACCUUAGCCAAGAUCAGUUACUUCAGGCUUCAGUAGAUGCCUAUGUUUGCUUCAAGCUCGGUGUUGAUGCUCGUCUAUGGGAAGUUUGA